GAUGGGAUAAAUAUUUUAUAUCUUGGCACUUCCACUCUCACUUUCCAAUCUUCUUCCUUCUUCUUCUCCCUCAUCAUUAUGAUACCUUUCUUCAUCCCCCAAAUCACCUGAUCUUUCAUCCUCCUUUGUUCUUCUUCCAUUUCACUCUUUCCUCUUUUUCUGCACCGUAUAUGCACUUCAUGACCCUCUUCUUCUGCUCAUUUCUUUAAUCCAGAUCACUUAUAUACAGUUUCAGCGAUUUUUUUUUCUGUGUCUGGAGUUUUGCAUAUAGCCUUUUGGUUUACAAAGCUGUCAUCCAAGUUUCACUGUGAAAGUUCCCCAACUCAAUCUUGCAGAUCUGGGUACCAUUUUUUUGGAGCUAAUACGUAGAGACAGAUCCAAGAUUUUAAUGUUAGCCGGCCGAGGGUGCGAUUUAUUAUACAUUGUGUAUACAUGGUUCGAGCUGACAAACAGUGAAUUUUAAUAAACCUGAUCAAAAGGGGUAGAUCCGAUUUUGGUGAUAAGUAUCUUUUCUUCCUUUUUAUUAUACUGUUGAUUAAAGGGACAUGUAAUUUUGUGUUUUUGUAUCUUUUGGUUCUCAAGAAUUGUGUUUUUGUAAAGAAAAAUUGUGGUUUGUAAUUUGGUUAAAGAUGGAAAUUUCCAGUGGACUGAGUCCUAGAGUGAACUCAGUUACAUCAGGUGAAGGUAAAAAAGAUGACCCAAAUCAUCAAAAAUUUGAAUUGGAAUCUAUUGAUUUGGUUUCACAUACGGAUCACCAGUUUCUUACUUUGAGUGCUCUAGAGAUUUUGAGGGAAACUGUGAGAAUUCUGCGGUAUAAUUCAAUAGGUUUCAUGACAAUUGCUGCAUUGCUAAUUUGCCCUGUAUCUGCCGUUGUUUUAUCUAAUGUAUUGGUCUAUCAGCCGUUUGUUACGAGAUUGAGUAUGAGGUUAUUGCUUGUAGCCAAAACAAGUGGGCUUCCACUUGAGCCAUUUAUCAAGCAGUCCUGUCAUAAAUUCUCUGAAGUGGUGAUUUCAGCUGUAAUGUGCUUCCCUCUGUAUGUAACGUUAUCGGUGUUUUCAAAAGCUGCUAUAGUUUAUUCAGUUGAUUGCACUUACUCUAGGAAAAAGUUUGAUUCACAAAAGUUUUAUGUCAUUAUGACCAAGAUUUGGAAGCGGGUUGUUGUGACUUACCUGUGGGUGUGUGUGGUGAUUGCUGGAUGCCUCACAUUGUUUAUUGUACUUCUUGUUUCUGUGAGCAGUGUUUUCUCGAUCAUGGGGUUUCCUCCCGAUUUGAUUUUAUAUCCCGCAAUGAUAGUAGGGAUGAUUUUCUCUAUAAUUUUAGCAAAUGCUAUUAUUAUUUGCAACAUUGCAAUUGUGAUAUCUGUUUUAGAGGAUGACUCUGGACCACAAGCAUUGCUUAUGUCCAGUUCACUCAUCAAGGGGCAGACACAAGUUGGACUUCUCAUAUUUCUUGGAUCAACUAUUGGGAUGGCAAUUGUGCAGGGUUUGUUUGAGCAUAGAGUGAAGACAAUAAGCUAUGGAGAUGGAUCUUCAAGAUUAUGGGAAGGGCCCCUUUUGGUGAUAUUGUACUCAUUUGUGAUACUUAUUGACUCCAUGAUGAGUACUGUUUUCUACUUCAGUUGUAAAUCGUAUAGAAUGGAAACCUCAAGUGAAGAAACUCAACCUGUGCUAGAAGCCUUGACUAUUUCUUCAGCAUUAGCAGAAGUCCAAUCACAUGUUUGAAAUUCGAAUUUAAGGCUCUUGAAGCUAGUGGAAGUUAUUUUGACAAGGAUUCAAUUUAUGCGUCUCUUGGGAAGAAAAAGAAUGAGUUGAAUCCUUGAGAAAGUUAUCAGAUGCUGAAGGCGGAUAAGUUAUGUGGUUUAGCCUAGUUGACCACUUCAUCAUAAAUAGCUUCUUUGCAGAUCUGUUGUCUGCCAACAUAUAUCAUAUUUAUUACCAAAAGAAAAUCAUUUGAAAGAUGGUAAUUUAGGAUUCUUGCACAGUAAUAAGCUGUUGAAAACCUCAGCUUGAGAUUUUAAAAUUUUAAACAAUGUACUUUUUGUCAUUCACAAUUUAUAAAGAUAUCUUUGAGUUUUCUUUCAUGGUCAAUUAUCUGUCUCCAUUUGCAUGUUAUGCAGUUAGUGAUUGAGCUUAAAACAACUGUAAUAAAUAGAGUGUGGCUUUCUAAUAGGAAUGUCGUGAGACCUUCAUAGAGCUCCAUAAUUGAUGAUUUUUAUUUUGGAAUAGCUUUCAUAAAUAUUCUUCUUUGUUUAGGAAAUGUCUCUUAAGAAUUAUUUUCUUAAAACUAGUGCCACUUUCUUCUCUUUUCUUUAUUAUACUCUCUCUGUCUAUGUGUGUGAGUGGGGGUGGGGGACUCCAGUUGUGGUUUUCCAUAAUAAACAGGUUCUCUCACUAAAUUAUGAGAAGUAUGCAUUGGGGAUGGAAAAAGAGGAACUCACAGAUUCUCUCUUCUCUUGGAAACUAAUAACUGGGCUAAGGAGAUUCUAGGAUAUAAUACUAGGUAUCAAUCUCGUGAAAAUGUUUUCAUGUAUCUCUUCCUCUGUGUCGUUACUUUUUGUUUUACUUGCAAAAAAAUGAUCACCUUUUGUCUUAAGACGCGAGCGAGUGUGCCAUUAGAAAAUCAUUGGAAAAUUGGUACUGAUAGACGAGGAAGUCUUAUAACUUGAGAACUGACAAGGUGUUAUCUGAGUAAUGACAAAUUAGCCAGGGAGUGAAAGAAGAGCCCAGCAUUCCUCUGUAUUACCAACUGAUCCAUAAGGCGUCAGCUAUUUUCAGUGUCGAAGAUGCACAAAUGUUGCAUUAUCAAUCGAUAGCAAACUGGUUAUAUCCAAAUCUACCUACAUGAAUUUUCAGAAUCUUCUAAACAUGAUCCUUAUAAUUUCUCUGACAGGUGAUGCAAUAGUCUCUGCAUUUGGUUUGUAAAACCUGCUAAGGUCACGGCCGUCAGGCGAAAAUUAUAUAAGAUGUUGGCACUUACUUUCAGGCAGAAGUUGCAAAUGUAUGGCGGAGAAGUUGAAUACUAUCAUUUAGUGUAGUUUGAAUUUGUGGCGCAGUGUAAAGUGCAGAAGCUAUUAAGGUUUACUCUCAUUAAGUGGGGGAAUCUGUUCCAUGCAAUCACAAAAACUUCACUUGGCUUGGAACGUAUAGAAUUUGAAGUUUAUUGAGGAACCCGAAUGAGGGAGCUAAAAAAAGAUAUACUGCAUUAUCAGAAGUUGAGAUAUCUCUGGGGUCCCUCUACUUGUGUCAUUUGGUAAGUUUUGCAAUGGUUUUGUUCAUGAAGGGAAGACAUCAUAAGACUAUUCUGGGACAGUUGACACAAACACUUGGUAAGCAGAAAUGACUAAAUGACCAUCAGAUGCUGCAUUAAGUGGAGAGAAUGGUAUGUUCUUUUUCCAAGUGAAUAUUUACAGCCUCCUCUCUACCAAUGUCCAAUGUAAUAGGCCAGGUUGAAGAUGGUAUCACCAGUCUACGGCUUAAGUCAUGAACGGCUCCUUUAAGUUGUCCGCAUAAUUCACUUAGACACCUCAACUAAGACUUGUACUUAUUGGACACCUCUACUAAUUCGGAUUUGAACCUUUUGAACACUUUUUUGACAAUCACCUAAAAGUAUGAAAUGUGUAUAAUACACUCGCGAUGACGUGGAAAAUUGACAAAUCAAUUACGUACAUGUGGCAUUUUGACGGAAAAAAAAAAGAAAAAAGAAAAAAUUUAAGUGUUGUCAUCACUUUGAAAUCCUAUUCGUCACCAUAGCUCCCUCCUCGACCAUAGUUUUCAUCACCUUCAAAUCCUCUUAACCCACUAUUCUUUUUUCAGAUCUAUUUUUUUUUUAAGUUGAAAAUAGCAAAUUGCAUAUGCCUAAAAAUUAAUCAAUACAUGAACCUACAAAAUAUGAACCACUUAUAAUUUUCGAUAUCAAUUAAAUCAUUGACUACAUAAUCAUCUAAGCAUAUUCGUUUUUUUUUUAUUUUAAAUCUGAUUUGUUAGAUAUAUUUUCAAUUAAAAAAAUGGAAGAAGAAACAGAGUAGUCAUUGUAUGGGUCUAUUUUUUCCCGUAAAUAAGAUCACAAUAUUUAACAAAUUUAAAGAAAAUGGAAAAGGAAAUCGUAAUGGUGUUUCUAUAGUUGAAUAUGAUAGAGGUGAGGGGGAGGGAGAGGAAGAGGAGGCAGGAGAAAAGAAAAGGGUGGAAGGUGUUGGUGGCAACAUCAUCAGCGAAGAUGGUAUUGGUUUUGGAAGAAGUUAUGGCCAAGGAAGAAGGAAGAAGGAAGAAGAGAGAGAUUUAAAAAAAAAAAAACUAAAAUACGUUCUGACGCGCUGAAUGGAUGUGUAUUACACCUUCCUUGCCAUGUCAGCGAAAAGUGUCAAAUAGGUACUUGUUCUGAACAAUAGAAGUGUUCAAUAGGUAUCAGUCCUAGUUGAAGUGUCUAAAUGAAUUAUGCAGACAACUUUAAGGGAUCGCAGAUGACUUAAGCCCUAGUCUAGUGAUAUCAUCAUUCAUCAUGGUCAUCACCAAAAUGGCUUCUCCACUUAAUUGACCUUUGCACGAUCCUUUUAGGUGUCUGAUCAUUAUCUUACCAGAUGCGUCAUGUCCUGACUUGUGCAUACCUUGACAAUGGGGUUUCCUUCUGAAGAGUCAUGCUAGAUGUUGAUUGUACUGCGAAGUACCUAGCUCUUCAGCUCCUGAUGAUGACAUCCGGAAUUUUUGUUUUCGCGCUUUAUAUGCUUAUAGAUUCAGUUUUCUGAUAGCUUGUUCAUCUUCAUUUGCUAAUGCUCUUCAUUUAUCAUAUCAACUUUCCCAUUGAAAUCUCUCAUUCAGAAGCUGAAAUCCCUAGCUAAAAUAAAAGCUUUUUAAUAAAUCAUUAUUUCUUGGUAGAUUUGAGUGCUGAUAUCUUUUACAAUCAUGUAGGUGAUAUAAUGCUUAUUUUCCAGGUUCACAUCAGACAUCAAUUGUAAUUCCUUUCUUUAUAAAGCUGUGAAUCACCUUUCACCAGACUGCUAUCAUACAAUCCCUUUUUUAUACUUGGAGUCUGGAGAUAAGUAUACAAUCAUAUCAGACUGUUUUGAUUUACUCGAGCCGAGGAUCUUUCAGAGGCAUACUCUCUAUCUCUGAGAGAUAGUGGUAAGGCAUGUGUAUACUCUACCCUCCCCAGACCCACUUUAUGGGAUUUUAUUGGGUUUGUUGUUAUUGCUGUUGUAGUCUGGAGGGCUUCUCCAAGUGGAGAACUUAUUUACCAUGGUCUUUUGGGGAUUUGGAUUGUUAAAGAAGGGCACACUUUGUGAAGGAUGGUGUAUAUACAAUUGUAGGUGUUUUGGGUGCAAAUGAACUGUUCCUGUAUCACAUAAGUGUUAUUGCCUUUAGGAUCUGCAUCUAUAGUGGUUUUAUUUGUAUUAAUUUGGUGCAAAGCAGAUGAAUUGUCUAUUAUGAAGUGUUCAAUCUAGAUAACAGUGCCAUAGUCCCAAACGUUUAGUUUAACGUAAAUGCAGUACAUAUUUGAGCUGUAUUUGCAUUAACUUUAAGCCAUCUCAAGAAUUUUUAUGGAAUAUAUUGCAUCAUUCAGUCAAAUGCUGUACUCUGGGGUUACUUUUAUUUGCUAGUGUGAAAGUCAUAGCUGGAUUCAUUUGCAGUAUUCCAACUGCAUAUGAUAGUUAUGAUGAUUCCUUUGCAUAUCGCUAUUGCAUGUGAUAUUUAUGCACUACUCAAUCCAGUGUGGAACAGAAUCAACUUAGCAUAUUUGUUUAUCUAUGUUUUUCUGGAUCAAUUUAUGGAGAAACUCGAAUGAGGGAGCUAAACAAAGAUGAUACACUGCAUUAUCAGAAGUUGAUAUAUUUCUAGGGUCCCUCUUUCCCUAUAUCCAAUGGAAUAGGCCAGGUUGAAGAUGGUAUCAUUAGUCUACUGAGUCUCAUCAUGAUCAGUACCAAAAAAGCUAUUUGCACUAUCCUUGUAGGUGUCUGAACAUUAUCUUCCUUGCCAGAUGCCUCAUCUCCGUCGCUAGUGCAGAACUUACUGAAGAAUCAUGCUAGAUGUUGAUUGUCCCGCGAAGUACCUAACUUCGUCAGCUCCUGAUGAUGACAUCUGGAAUGGGUAAAUAUCAGGAGAGUCUAAACUGCUCUCUGAAGAAGCAACACCACCUGAUGUAGAAACUUGGCUGGCCCUGGAGUCAUUUUGGUAAGGUGGUCGAGCUACAUUCGUCUGUAUGGUCUGAUCAUCUCACUGCUCUUUCUAAAGAGACAGAAAUGUAAGUGAAGUCAAAACUUCUUUAUAACAACAGUUUACUAGGGAAUUGGUUUUUUAUGUUGUAUUUUACCUCUGUAUAACGUUCUUUUUCCUUUUACAACAAUCAUCUUUAUAACAACACACAUUUUUGUAAAA